AUGGCGAACAAGGUGGUGUUCAAAGUGGCGACGGAGGAGGAGAUAGCAGUUGUCCGACAGCGAAUUGGGACGACAGAGGACGACAUCCGGCAAGCGAUGUCGAAUUUACGCAGCUGGCUCGAGGCGCAACCGCACCUGCCGCACGUCAUGGCUGACGGUCGUCUGGAGCGCUUGUACGUUAGCUGCAAGUGCAGCAUUGAGAAGACGAAGAAGACGUUGGACGCCUACUACACUCUCAAGAAGAAAUUCCCGGAUAUUAUGAUGAAUAGGGAUCCUACCUCACCAGAAAUAACACAGCUCCACAAACAACUGACUGUGGUCACAGUUCCACGCAUGACGGAAGACUGCAACCGUGUUAACUGCCUCUUGAACAUAACCCCCGAUGCUUCAAUCCUGAACUUGCCGCAGGCAAUAAAGGCCAUGUUGAUGGCGAUGGAGUUCAUGCUCUCGUUUGACUACUCUGUUGGUUACAUAUUUUUAGUUGAUUUGAAGAACGUGACCGCUGCACAUGUCACCAAGGCAAGUGUGCGUGACAUCUGGAGCCUGGAAACUAUCUCCAGGAAAGCGUAUUCAAAACGAAUUGUAGCCUUGCAUUUCACUAACGCAACAAAGAUAAUAGGCAUGGUGCUCUCAGUCGUCUAUCCAGCGCUUCCUCCGAAACUACGAAAGCGGGUGCACAUCCACCUUCCUGGGUCGGAGACGCUAUUCGAGCAUGUGCCCAAAUCUUGCCUGCCUAAUGAGAUGGGUGGCACAGCUGGCCCUGCUCAAGAAAUGAUGGAUGCGGUCAUAAAUUCCAUGGUGGAUCUUAGAGAGUGGUUCCUUGAAGAGGACAGAUACAUAGCAGAUGAGAGCAAAAGAUCUCCAGACAACAGCUACAAAAAUGACUAUGACUUGUUUGGUAUGGACGGAUCUUUUAAGAAGCUGCAACUGGACUAA